AUGAUUCGUCCAUGUAUACAGUCUGUGUGUGUGUUUGUGUUGUGUUGUGUGCAUCAGCACGACCAUGCUGCAAGGUUAAGCUUUCUUCGCCCUUCUUGUCGGCUUGGCUGCGUGACGUCACGGGCGGCCGGUGGCAAUAAUGAUGUGAUGGAUAUCGAUUGCAGUAUCAGUGCAGGCCUAUCGCUUUCACCUUCGGAUUCCGAUUUUUGCCGCGGCAUGCUGUCAGAGAGAAGCCGAGUGAGUGGUAGCUGUGCUCAAGAGUCCCAAACAUGGCAAGGCGAGGCAGCUAUGGCGAGGCCAAUGUCUGCAGGUGCGUCAGCAGAGGGCGUUGCGCAGGUCCGAGUCCUGCCCACCUGUGUGACGCUUGCAGCUGGUGCCGCAGCUUUCGCGAUCGGGGCGGUUCUCUUGUGGCUGCUCGUGGAGAAGUUGGGCAAUGUCUGCGGUGCCCUCACGAUGGCGGGGACUGCGCUGGCGGCGGUGUACCAGGCGGAGUGGGAAGCGGACGCAGACGCAGACGCGGCCCUGCUGGAGGAGGAGGAGGAGGAGGAGGAGGAGCGGCACCGCUGCCCCGGCACGCCCUGCCAGGAGGAUUCGUCGGACGCCGAUGCGGCCGCGGGCUGCGGCGAGCCCCCAGACGGCCCGAGGCCGCCGGGAGACGAUCAGGUUCAUCCGGAGCUGUGCCGGCAGGCGAUGGAGGCGCUGGAGCUGUCGGCCGCGCGCGGUCACGCCGCGCCCACGGAGGAGAGGCUGAGGUCACUCCGCGAUCGCCUUGCGAGGCUUGCAGCAGAAGGGGAGGAGUAUCACCCGGCGCUCGGCGGAGAAGAUGUUGGUGCCGACGGGGCGCAGCGCGAGCAAGAACGGAGGAGCUGGUCCAGAGGCCGCCUCGGCGCCGCGCCCGCCCCCGCUGGGGCCGCGGAGCAGCCCACGGGCGGCAGCAGCGCCUUCGGGGGCAGCGCAUCGGCGGGCGGCGCGCCCGCAGCCGCGCCAGCCCCGGCGCCUGCCGAAACUGAAGCUG